CUGUAAACACGACUGACGCUCAGCUGCGUGGCCGAAGCAUCCUCCAAGAGCCCGAGACCUCUCCAGGUUCCCGUGUUUAUUUCUCGACGGGACCGCUGAAAGGCACUGAAAUAACUGCGGUUCACCUCGACUCUCAUAUGCGGUCUCCGAAACCAAGACGACGGUGCUGCAUCUGUCCUACUAAGUGCCAUGGCUAGAAAGACGGACAUCCCCUCCUCUUACUAUGGUGAGCCACGCAAGUUUGACCCUAGCUUCAGAGGGCCUGUUCAUAACAGGAGCUGCACUGAUGUGGUUUGCUGUGUUAUCUUCAUCAUCGUCAUCCUCGGCUACAUCGCUCUGGGUACCGUGGCCUGGAUCCAUGGCGACCCCAGGAAGGUCGUCUAUCCAACCGACAGCCACGGCCAGUUCUGUGGCCACCAGAACACCCCCAAUGCAAACAAAGCCAUAUUAUUCUACUUCAACAUGUUGAAAUGUGCCAAUCCUGCAGUUUUAAUUAACCUCCAGUGCCCUACCACCCAGCUCUGUGUCUCCAAGUGCCCUGACAGAUUUGCAACUCUCCUGGAUGCAUGGAAUACCAAAAACUGGGACUAUUACAAGCAAUUCUGCAAGCCGGGCUUCGAGAUUGGCAGCAAGUCAGUUGCAGAAGUCAUACGAGAUGAAGACUGCCCGUCUAUGAUUGUGCCAAGCAGACCUUUCCUUCAGCGGUGCUUCCCUGAUUUCAUUACAAGAAAUGGAAUUUUAACUGUAGCCAAUCAGACCAUCUUCAAAGACGGUGACAAUAACCAGAGAAGUGUCAGCGACCUCAAAGAUGCUGCCAACCAAGUAACCGCCAUGCAGCAAGGAGUGGAAAGAGGUAUUGCCAAUCUGCUGAAUGCCAAAGAAGUUGGCAUGAAGAUCUUUGAGGAUUAUGCAAAUUCCUGGGACUGGAUCCUCAUUGGUCUCAUAAUAACCAUGGUGGUCAGUCUGGUCUUUAUCUUGCUGCUGCGCUACACUGCUGGUGUGCUCCUGUGGCUCAUUAUCUUCGGUGUCAUCGCUGUGGUCGGCUACGGUAUCUGGCACUGCUACUGGGAGUACAGUACUCUGAGCGGGAAGCCAGGUGCUAAUGUCACCAUCUCUGAUAUUGGUUUCCACACAGACUUCAGCAUUUACCUUGAGCUCAGCCAAACGUGGCUCAUCUUCAUGAUCUCGCUUUCUGUGAUUGAGGCCAUCGUUGUGAUUAUGCUGAUAUUUCUGAGGAUGAGGCUGCGCAUUGCUAUUGCCUUACUGAAGGAGGGAAGCAAGGCCAUCAGCUACAUCAUGUCCACUCUCUUCUACCCUAUCAUCACCUUUUUCCUUCUGGCCAUCUGCAUCGCAUACUGGGCCGUCACUGCAGUCUUCUUAGCAUCAUCUGGUAAUGCAGUCUACAAGGUCACACCUACUGACGAUAAAUGCAUGUAUGCCAACCACACAUGCAAUCCAAAGACCUUCAGUCAGACCAAUUUUACCAAAGUGUGCCCCGGAUCACAAUGCAUGUUUGCCUUCUACGGUGGGGAGAGCGUCUACCACCGCUAUAUCUUAGUCCUCCAUCUGUUUAACCUGUUCGUGUUCCUCUGGCUGGUCAACUUUACCAUUGCGCUGGGCCAGUGCACGCUGGCUGGAGCGUUCGCGUCCUAUUACUGGGCCCUGAAGAAGCCAAAUGACAUCCCUGCCUGCCCGCUCUACUCAUCUUUUAGCAGAGCCAUACGUUACCACACAGGUUCUCUCGCCUUUGGUUCUCUGAUCCUCGCUGUGGUGCAGAUGAUCCGAAUUGUUCUUGAGUACCUGGAUCACAAACUGAAAGGUUCCCAAAAGGCAAUUGCUCGAUUCCUGCUCUGCUGCCUCAAAUGCUGCUUCUGGUGCCUGGAACAUUUCAUCAAGUUUAUAAACAGAAAUGCAUACAUUAUGAUAGCAAUAUAUGGGAAGAACUUCUGCACCUCCUCCAAGGAUGCUUUCUUCCUCUUGAUGAGGAAUGUUAUUCGGGUGGCUGUCCUGGACAAGGUGACAGACUUUCUGCUCUUCUUGGGAAAACUGCUUAUUUCAGGAAGUGUCGGUGUUCUUGCAUUUUUCUUCUUCACACGUAAAAUACCUGUCAUUCAAGAGGAGGUGCCAUCUCUAAAUUACUACUGGGUCCCCCUUCUGACGGUGAUAUUUGGAUCCUACAUGAUUGCAGAUGGCUUUUUCAACGUCUAUUCGAUGUGCGUGGACACAUUGUUCCUGUGCUUUUUGUGGGAUCUGGAGAUGAACGACGGCUCUCCUAACCGGCCCUUCUACAUGACAAAAGCCUUACGGAGAAUCCUCAACAAGAAGAACGUCAAGACGACGACAUAGAAAAAAGACGAAAGGUGGGGGAAGGAGAAAGACUGAAGAUAAUUUACUAAAGCCUGGUAUAAGCCCGUGUGGCAAUAAGCAAAAGCCAAAUAUAGUAAGUGUACUAUAAUAGACAAAAGAUAAGUAACUCUAAUUAUUAGAUUCACCUACAGGCUCAUAAUUUAUGGCCUUGAUAGUUCGUAUUUAUUUGCUACCUGCAGAAGUCAGGUUAAAAAAAGACAAGAAAAUUAGUCACACACAGUUCUUGUAAAUAUAUUUUUUUAUCUUAUAGUUAUAACUGAAAUAUGGUUUGUUGUAUAUGUUUUAUAGCCACAGUCAUACUACCCAUUAAGUUCCUCCUGGAACAAGUGAUGUAUUUCUUGAUUGAGAUUGUGGUAAACAUUAGCUGUUUUGCUCUUAAUCUCUUGUAGUUACCAGUUUUCACCACUUGGUGGUGACAGACAUCACCAGAUGUCUCAAUGUACUGUUGUGGAGGUGUGAAUGCACUGCUGAUUGAACUCGUCCUGCCAUGAAAUGGUGAAACGUUGGCUCAUCUGUGUAUUGUGUUAUCACAGUCUUUAACCUCAAAUUGUCUCACAUUGAGAAACAUAUUUGCCACUUAUUGUCCACUGUUUUCAUAUUUAACUGUCAAGAUAUAAUCACAUCGCAGUUCAAAGUGUUUUACUUUUUAAGUGCCUUUUUCUUAGAAUUGCCACUUCAAGUGUCUAAUUGCCUCUUGCAGCUACAUAGUCUACAUUUGAAGAUGCUUUACUGAUUUUGAUCUUUUUAAAGGGAUAAUGAGGAGCCAGUGAUGGAAGUUCUUGUCUUUUUCCAAAUGUUAGUGGUAGGAAUGAAAGGUGAAGUAGAAGGCUGCUCUGUGUUUGGUUAUUUAGAAGAAUGUCACAUAAAAUCAAAGGUUUACUCUCGGCAGCAACCAGUGUGACACAGACCCCUCUACCUGUUAUACACAUGUGCUGUUUCUUAGCUUUUGAACCUGCUGCUGAUAUGGGCACAUGUAUGUGUGAUUCCCAGGGCAAUGCAAUGAAACAGAUCCCAGUAAUUAGAACCAUUACAAUGUCUUUAAUGUGGUAAAUGGCUGCUCUUAAAAUGUUCCCCGAUGUAUCUUAUUAGUAAAGGUUGAAACAGUAUUAAAUCUUUUUCUCACUACGUGCGUCCUCUUGUUAAUCCAAAGCGGGGCUGGUCCUGCAUAGUAUUAUUGCAUUAUUAGGGUAUUAGUCAAAUAGAACAUUGUUUAUUAUAGAGAACGAUUGAUGAUGUUAUGCAUUGGUUGCUUCUUUGAGUUUAAGCACAUCUCAGACAAAGCAACUGACCUCAGGUCAGUUUGCCUGAUUUUUUACAUUACUGCUGAAACAGUUGUGUAGAUUGUGUAGUCCAUUUAAUGUAAUGAGUUAUUCCCAAGUUUAGGUAUCAACAGGUUGUUUGUAAGGUGACGCAGCUGUUGGCAGUUAACACAGUGUGUGUCCUUGUAUUUUAAAGUCUUCAAACGUCUGGUGAGGUCUUCUCUUUCCUAAAUGUAUUCAUGCAUCACUUGGAAUGAUGCUCACGGUUAGAUCUUUGAGAUGUGACUCAUGCUUGUGAAUCUUUGUACUGUGUUUGUCAAACCUGAGAACCUGCCCUCAUGGUGCCUCAGAGUGACAGCACUGCCAGACUUACACACCUUCUGCCCCCGUUUGAGCUGAACACGCCAGGACACGUACACCGUAAGCAUUCAAUAAAAGCAAAACAACGCCGCUUGUGUAUCUGAAAGGAGAUAAAUGAUGCAUGUAGUGCUCAGUGUGGCAUAUUACACAUGUAGCAUGUCGUUAUUCGUUUUUUAUAACUGCUAUACUCAUAGUUGUAUUUUGUAUCUUUAUGUGCAUGUAGCUCAGGUUCAGUUUCUUUCCCAUGAGGGUGAAUACCUGCGAUCUGAUAAGUGAAGUAAAAACUGUUUUUAUAUGCCUUCCCCUCCCUCCUAUGUCUGGAAAUUAGAUUCUUUUGGUCAACCACAGUCAACAAGUAGACACAAGUAAAACUUGUGCGUCAGAUUUCUUACCGCAAACUCUUAAAAGUCAAACUCUGAGCUGAAGAUGAAAUGCUUUAACCUGUUGAUACUUCAAACUGUUUUAUUUAUUGUUGCUCAUUUGUGCAGAAAGCUGACAAUAUAAAUCCCUCUUGUCAUGUAUUUAUUUAUACAGUAAAAGUGCAUGUUUUAUAAGGGAAUAUAUUGUGUAUAGUGUGUUUGUUCAUCAUUCAAAUAUAUAUGUGUUUUUUUACUUCUAUUUUUAUCAAUAAAAUCUUUAUGUACUUACUUUCUA